AUGGUGGAGCUGCCCGAGGCCCUAGACAGCUCGUCUCUGCCCGUCUUCCAUCUUUCCGAGAUUCCCUUAUGCGAGGUGGCCCCCAGGGUGGGGUGGUGUGGGCCUGAAGCUGGCAGGCACGGAGGUGACCUCGGGCCCUCAGGGUAUGGCUGUGCCGUGCCUGACCCCAGAUUUGGCUCACAUCUUCCUGGUGUUCCGUCUGCCCCUUGGGUCUGCUGGUGCUUCUGGGCCAUCCUCCUCCUGGCCCUGACCCUAUUCCUGCUGGCCACCUUCCUGCACGUGGACAUUAGACUGCACACACGCCUGCUCUCAGGUGAGGCCAAGGGGCCACCCGUCACCAACGUCAUGUUCCUCAAGACGCACAAGACGGCCAGCAGCACGGUGUUCAACAUCCUCUUCCGCUUCGCAGAGACGCACAACCUGUCGGUGGCGCUGCCCACCGGCUCCAGCUUCCACCUUGGCUACCCCUGGCUCUUCCUGGCGCGCUACGUGGAGGGGGUUGAGCAGGACGGCCCCGGCCUGCAGCAGCGCUUCAACAUCAUGUGCAACCACCUGAGGUUUAACCUGCCGGAGGUGCAGAAGGUCAUGCCCAAGGGCACUUUCUACUUUUCCAUCCUCAGAAACCCCAUCUUCCAGCUGGAGUCCUCCUUCAUCUAUUACAAGAACCACGUCCCCGCCUUCCAGGGCGCGAAGAGCCUGAACGUCUUUCUGGCCUCGCCCUGGGCUUACUACAACGAGAGCCUCGGUCUGCGGAACGUCUAUGCCAGGAACAACAUGUGGUUCGACCUGGGCUUCGACAACAACGCACCGGCUGAGGAGAGCUAUGUGCGCGCUCGCCUGGCGGACGUGGAGCAGCGCUUCCAGCUGGUGCUCAUUGCCGAGUACUUCGACGAGUCCAUGGUGCUGCUGCGGCACCUGCUGCGCUGGCGGCUGGACGACGUCGUGUCCUUCAGGCUCAACUCACGCAGCCAGCGCAGCAUCACCAGCCUGACGCCCGAGAGCCAGGAGCGCGUGAAACGCUGGUGCGCCCUGGACUGGCGCCUCUACCAGCACUUCAACCGCACCUUCUGGUUCAGGGUGGGCGCGGAGCUGGGCCCGCGGCAGCUGCGCUCCGAGGUGGCCCUGCUGCGGGCGCGGCGGCGCGAGCUCACGGCCCUGUGCCUGCAGGACGGCGAGCCCAAGAACGACUCGCAGAUCACGGACCCCCGGCUGCGCCCCUAUCAGGCGGGCAAGGCCGACAUCCUGGGCUACAACCUCCGGCAGGGCCUGGACAAUGAGACGCUGCAGAUGUGUCUGAGGAUGGUCAUCCCCGAGCUCCAGUACACGGCCCACUUGUACGCCCUGCAGUUCCCAGAAAAGCCCCCCAAGAGCAUACCCCUCUGGGGGCCAUAG